AGAGCUGAGGCUCCGAGGCACAAGGUGGCGUUUUGUCUCCUCACAACGGUUUCCAACCGCCGUUAAACUUCCCGAAGAUAAGGCUAAAAUAGAACUGGGACCGAAGAAGUAGUCCGUUUCCACACUCCAGUUCAGUGGGUGGCAGUAAGUAGGUACACCUUAAGGUGGCUUGCAAACUGCCAUUAACAAGAAGACGAAGAAGAAGAAGAAGAAGUAGUAGUCAGGUGCCAUAGCCUGAUGUUUCUAUUUCCUUUAUCUCAAUAUGCAAGCUAUGUAAUAUGACCAGCUUGUUCCCUGACACCGAGCGGGGUCUUUGUGAAGCCGGAUACGUCAGGCAUUCUCACAGGAUGGCGGACACUAACCUCUAUACUUUGACCUCGUAGCUUUGGUAAACAUCUGUGUCUCCACCCAGAGCUAACAACAACAGUUUGCUAACAAGCGUUUAGGGCUUAGCAACCAGCACUGAUCAGCUGCCACAACCGGAGAGGCCGCCGCAGCAUCUGCAUCACCGGGUGGGGAUUUAACUAACUUUCUCUGUUUUAAACGUUCGGACUGAACCAACUCAAAAGCUAAAGUCGCACUGCUAUUUAUUUUGUAUCUGUAAAGAAUGGAUACUUCAUUGGGGAUAUGCGAGGAGGAGUGCUUGGGAACCGUGAGAGGUCAGGAGCUGAGGUCUGGCCAGAAGGAGCCCAGGCUGCUGUCUCUAAUUAAGCGCAGUGGGGAAUUUAUACUGGGGGUUUUAGCCACUCCUGAAGCUGUUGUGUCUCGUCCAGUGGCCCAGCUGUCUAUACCCAUUAAUGGUAAUUUUGAAAUUGUACGAGAAGCUGAAGAGGCUCUUCUUAUUGAUUUCUCAGUAGAUUCCUGCAUUAGGAUACGAAUCAAAGGGGAAAAAGCUCCAGAGCUGCUGUUUGAACUGCAGGAUGAUGAUCGGACUCAGACCUUCAUCACCCAAGUGAAGAGUGCUCAGCAGCAAGUUGGAUCCAAACUCACGAAACACAGAGUGAUGGAGCCACCUCCCCCAGCUAACCCAAGAGGCCCAGUCCCUAUCCCUGUGCAAAGAGCAAACAAGACUGCUAACUCUACAGGAUCUGGAGUCAACCCAUCCAAAUCUAUCAGUGCACUGCCUCCCAACCCCAACAGCAACACUUCAACAAAUCAGACCAACACGGAUCCAGUUCAAUCACUUGCCUCAGAUUUUGGUUUUGGGAAUGACCUCAACCAAACUAUCAAAGUGGAGGAAAAGAAGAACCACCAGAAUAGCACAUCGGCCUCUAGGGAGCCUCCUCCUGUUCCCCCUCUACCUCCUCGCAGAGCUUCCUACACUCCAUCCAGUCCUCUGCCUCCUGUACCAGUCCCUAAAGCUGUUGCUGUACAGGUCAAAGACAACGCCUUCAUCACAAACACCAAACCAGAUUAUAGGUCAGGAUUUGACCGUAUGGACAGGUCACCGUCUUGGUGCGACAGCCCCACUACUAACACCAUGAGACAAGCCAUGUUCUCCAGCCAGGCAGGACAAAGAGAAUACCUUAUUAAACACCGCCUAACUAAAAAGGAGGGUGACUAUGUGGACAUCAAGACCUUCAGGUUUUUCACUGGUACAUGGAAUGUGAAUGGCCAGUCUCCAGACAGCAGUCUUGAACCGUGGCUCUGCUGUGACACAGAACCUCCUGAUAUUUAUGCUCUGGGUUUUCAAGAACUGGACCUGAGCACUGAAGCUUUUUUGUACAUGGACUCGUCGAAGGAACAGCUGUGGGUGGAAGCUGUGGAGAGGAGUUUGCACCAAAAAGCAAAGUAUAAGAGGGUUCGCGUCAUACGUCUAGUUGGAAUGAUGCUUCUUGUCUAUGUCAAAAAGAACUACAAGUGUCACAUAAAGGAAGUGGCUGCAGAGCAUGUGGGGACGGGAAUCAUGGGAAAAAUGGGGAACAAAGGAGGUGUGGCAGUGAGGUUUGUUUUCCACAACACUAGUUUUUGCAUCGUCAAUUCCCAUCUAGCUGCACACGUGGAAGACUUUGAGCGACGCAACCAGGACUAUAAAGAUAUAUGUGCCCGCAUGACCUUCCACUUACUGGACCAUCCCCCUCUUGGUAUCGUCAAGCAUGAUGUAGUAAUCUGGCUCGGGGAUUUAAACUAUCGUCUCUUCAUUAAUGAUGCUCUUGAAGUCAAACGGCUCAUUGCUAAGAAUGAACUAAAGAAGCUUCAGGAGGCUGAUCAGCUGAACAUUCAAAGGCAGACCAAGAGAGCCUUCACUGACUUCCUCGAGGGGGACAUUACCUUCAUUCCCACGUACAAGUAUGACCCCAGAACAGAUCGAUGGGACUCGAGUGGGAAGUGCCGUGUCCCGGCUUGGUGUGAUAGAAUCCUGUGGAGGGGCGACAGUGUCAGGCAGCUCAAAUACCGGAGUCACAUGGAGAUGCAAACUAGUGAUCACAAGCCUGUCAGCUCUGUCUUCAGUGUAGGGGUGAAAGUGGUAAAUGAGCAGCGCUACAAAAAGGUGUUUGAGGAGAUUGUUCGGGCAAUGGACAGAAUUGAGAAUGAUUUCCUUCCAUCUGUAUCUCUGAGCAGGAGAGAGUUUACAUUUGAGAAUGUGGUGUUCCGGCAGCUUCAGAAGGAGCGCUUCCAAAUAAAAAAUGAUGGGCAGGUCCACUGUCACUUCGCCUUCAUCCCUAAACUCAAUGACACGCAGUACUGCAAGCCUUGGCUGCGUGCCGAGCCAAGUGAUGGCUUUUUAGAGCCAAAUGAGACGCUAGAGAUUUAUUUGGAGGUGUAUGUCAGUAAAGACUCUGUUACACUACUGAACUCUGGAGAGGACUCUAUAGAGGACAUUCUGGUGCUCCACCUGGACCGAGGCAAGGACUACUUCAUUACCAUUUCUGGGAACUACCUGCCCAGCUGCUUUGGCACCUCACUGGAGACUCUGUGCCGCAUGAAGAAGCCCAUCAGAGAGAUCCCCAUCACCAAACUCAUUGACCUGGGAGAGGACAGCUACAUGGAUAAGGAGAAGUCAAAGAUGAAAUUCCUCAUGGUGGAUGGUGCAGGUACUGAGGACACACCUCUAAAGAUCCCCAAGGAGGUGUGGAUUCUGGUCAACCACCUCUACACCAAGGCCUGUGAUCAGGAGGACUUGUUCCAAACACCUGGCCUGCAAGAGGAGCUGCAGAGUAUCAUCGACUGUCUGGACACCAGCAUCCCAGACUCCAUCCCUGGUUGUAACCACUCUGUAGCAGAGGCCCUAUUGAUCUUCUUGGAGGCCCUGCCGGAGCCAGUAGUAUGUUACGAACUCUACCAACGGUGCCUAGACUGCGCUCAUGACAGCCGCCUCUGCAAACAGCUAAUCUCCCAGCUACCCCGGGCUCACCGCAAUGUGUUUCGCUACUUAAUGGCCUUUCUGAAGGAACUUCUCAAACACUCACACAACAACAACCUAACAGCCAGCCUCACAGCCACCCUCUUUGCCAGCCUCCUUAUCCGACCACCUCCAAACCUGGUGGGCAGGCAGACGUCACAUGACCGGCAGAAAUCCAUCAAUUUCAUUCUGGGCUUCCUCAUGUCAGGAGACGAGGAGUAAACAAGGCCGACGGUGUCAUCGCUGCGUCAGUCGUGAUUGGAGUUGAUUCCCAACCUGGCUUCCUCUUGGCAAAGGGUGUGGACCUGUGCAACACUGUAUAACAUAAUCCACUUGGUGUUUUGUCAUCUUUUAGAGACCAGUGCAGCUGUGUUGCACCCUGCCUUUUACAAACUCCCAUGUUAUUGGUACCAAGACUUCUGAUUUGAUUGUCAUAUCUUCAGUUCAUUCACAGUAUGACUGCUCAGUGGAUUUGGAAGCACCUGGGAGUGGUUUGAACUGAUAUGUCUAUGCGCUUCCCGACGACCCACAGGACCUGCGCCUCCAGGCUAGAGUUGUCCUCGUCCUCAGCUGACCCGUCUUGCUGUCGGUGCUCAUGCCAAAAUAAUCCCUGAACAGUGGCUGAAUGUGAAAACACUAUGUAUCGUUAGAUUCUAAAGUAAAGACUUAUUUACACUAAAGAAAAUGAAAUUCCUGAAGUUUUAAGAAGUUAACUGAAUGCAAGUAGACUGUUCAAAGCAUUUGAUAGUUUGAAAUGGGAUCAUUGUGGAAAUCUGUCACCAAGAAUGUUUAAGCUUAAGAUAAACCAUGACAAUCAUCCAAUUCAGAGGAGAUAAUUGUUAAGAUAUUUGUUACCAUAUCCAUUGUAUUUUGAUUAUUUAUAUUUUUUGUCUGAGCAGUUUUGGCUCCUUCUACAGUAUGGUUUUUUUGGUUUGUUUUAGCUCUGUACGUUCUAAAAUGUCAGCACUUGUUUUUAAUCACUCUGUUAUCCUGAUAGUGUGCUGGUGUUUUUGUGUAACGUCAACUAUCACCUUUACUUCUUGUUUGGCCAGUUCCUCUUGAGUUACAAAACAAGUCUGUUAACAUGCCAACUUCCUGGUUGCCCGGAGUCAAGUGAAGUCACCCUCCGUGGUUCUUUAUGUCUCAUGUGGUGUAAAUAUUGUAGUGAUUGUUUCCCUGUUUCAAGGGUAUUUGACUGUCAGCAUGGGGUAUCUAAAGUUUGUCAUUUUUGUCCGGAUGGUGGAAUCGAUAAUGUCUGUUCUUUUUUUUCUUCACUUCUAUAACUGUUUACAUUCCAUAUUCAUUGCUUUAAGCCUGUGUGAUGCCAAGACGGUUGCUGUAUUCCUUGUGGUAAAUCCAAAUGAGUAAUACUCCAAGAGAUACGACACUUUCUGGGUGCAAGAUUUAAUGGCUCAUUACUCUGCAGGAUUCAGGAUUUUUCCCUCCCAUGGUCCCUCUUGCAAAACUUGUCAUGGUUAUUGAAAUAAGGAACUUCUGUGCUUCUGUAUAAUAAAUAACCUCAACUUUGUCACGUUAUGCCACCAUACCAAGUGAUGUAUUUGUGUGAGUUCAUUGUGCUUUUUGUCUUCAGUUUUGUCAGUGUGCUAAAAAUCUAAAGGUAGGAAAGGAAACCCGUGCAUCUUUUUUCAACUUCUCAGAAUUUAUUAGUACUUUUAAUUUAUUUAACAUAAAUAAAACUGUGUAAAGCUGUUUGUGUUUCAGUUCAACAUCCUUUUUUGAAUCAGGAUAUAAAUCCUAUUGUAUCUUGGUUGAGGAAAAACAACUGUUAAAUGAUUUCAUGUAUUCCUCUGGAACAUGUGAAAUUGUUGCUGGCUGAUGAGCGUGCUGUGUUAGUGGCCAAUGAGAGAUCCUUCGUCUCAGCGCUACAUUCUCAAUCCUUGUGAAUAUAAAAGCCUCCACCUUGGACCUGCUGUCCCUGAUUGCCUGUUGUUAUGUUGCAGCCCAAUUCAAACCCAUCUCCACCCAUGGCCAUGCUCAGACUGGAGGGGUUGAGUAUGCAUUGGGUGGGGGCAGUACCAGGCCUUUAUCAGGUCAGUGUCAGGCUCUGGGUAAAAGGUGGCUUCGUUAGAUCUUAGGGACAGGUUCUAAAUGUUGUUACGCUUCCGCUUUUCAUAUGUUUAAGAUGCAAGACGCAUGUUUAAGUGUUUAAAAAUCUGUGGAAGCCUGCAUACUGACAUGAUUAAUGACAACACAGUAAAUUUAAUAUGUUUAAAUUGUGAAUAUAAAUGCUGAAUAUGGGUGGCUGGUGUCGCCCUGAGGGAGAGCUUCAGUGAUGAUGACGUGC